GCCCUCCCAGACUUGCCAUUGGAGUGCCCGAGCAGCAAUCCGCUCCUGGAGGCCGGCACCGCCCAAUCUGGGGUUGGGGGAGGGGAGAGCAACAGCGGCUGGGAAGGGGGGAGCAGGCAGCUCCCAGCGCAGGGCGCAGCGCUCGGGCUCCUGGUUCGCCCGACUGGCUGUGCAGGGCUUGCGGUGGCUCCCAUCCCUCCAGCUCUCUCCACAUCCCCUUCCCCCACGCAUGCACACAAGAGCCGCCCCCUCCUCGCCUCGAAGCCCCGGCCCGGCAGUCACCCGGUGAUCGGGUCCCUGCGCCCCUUCGCUCCGCUGCGCUCGGGCUGGGGCCCCGAGAGCACCCAGCCCGGCUGGCUAUUGACGAUUAGUGUUAUUUAUAGCAAGAGGUGGCGAGAGGGAGGGGUGAGGGUGCGGAAGGAGGAGUCGGGGAGAGAGGCAGCCCAGCGAGCUCUCUGCCCGCCCGCCCGCCUGCCCCAGCUCUUCCCGGGCCGGGCUGGGCCGGGCUGGGCUGGGCCGUGGGCUCUCCCACCUCGGACUGUCCAUCCGUCGGUCUCCGACGCUGACCAGAGGUAUCGAGGACUACGGAGCGCCCGGCAGGAAGGUCAGAGGACAAGCAGGCACGUGGGCCCCCAGCCUGGGGGCGAUGGAGGGGGUCCGCGCCCGCACCCGCGCCCCAGAGAUGGGGAAAGAGGAUGCCCAGAUCUGAUGUGGAACAGCCCAAGCCAGGAGGGGCGACGAGGAAACUAGCAGCGGCAGCAUCGUGAGGCUGUACCACGUCUCCAGCCAGCCCUGGCAGCAUCACCAGAGCAACAGGAAAAGAGAGCAAAAAGGCAGGCAAACAGGGGCCAACCCCAAGCUGGGCAGCUCCUUACCUUUGGCCCGAAGGAGGGCACAUCAUUAUGCAGAAGAGCUCAGGCCAGGCCGGGGAGAAGGGACAGGGCUUGUCGUUAAAGGGAAUGUGCCACCAUUUCUUCAUCAGGCAGGGGAGCACCAUGAGAGGCAGUGAAGGCACAGGGUGUCUGAGGCUGCCCUUGAGAAGGCCUGCCCACCCCUGCCGGGCCUGAGCCGGUUGGUACAGACCUGUUGGCCCAUCAGGUACCGGAGAGUUACAUUCUUUUUCCAGAGGGUGCACCUGGCACGCGGGCUCAGAGAUACUGUAGCUGCCCGCUCCCAGACACCGAGGAAGAGAAGGAGGAGGAGAAGGGAGAGGAGGAGGAGGAGGAGGAGGAGGCAGGAGAGGGAGAGGCCGAGCCAGAGCCCAUCGCAGCUUCCCGCCCUUCGGCCGGCUCCCCGCUGCUAUACCAUGGGAUGUCGGCAAAGCUCGGAGGACAAAGAGGCAGCCCGGCGGUCCCGGAGGAUUGACCGCCACCUGCGCUCAGAGAGCCAGCGCCAGCGCCGUGAAAUCAAGCUGCUCCUUUUGGGCACCAGCAACUCGGGCAAGAGCACCAUCGUCAAGCAGAUGAAAAUCAUCCACAGCGGGGGCUUCAACCUGGAGGCCUGCAAGGAGUACAAGCCCCUCAUCGUCUACAAUGCCAUCGACUCCCUGACGCGCAUCAUCCGGGCCCUGGCAGCCCUCAAGAUCGAGUUCCACAACCAGGACCGGGCCUACGAUGCCGUGCAGCUGUUCGCCCUGACAGGCCCCGCCGAGAGCCGCGGGGAGAUCACCCCCGAGCUGCUGGGGGUCAUGAAGCGGCUCUGGGCCGACCCCGGCGUGCAGCAGUGCUUCAGCCGCUCCAGCGAGUACCACCUGGAGGACAACGCGGCCUACUACCUGAACGACCUCGAGAGGAUCGCCGCCCUGGACUACAUCCCCACCGUCGAGGACAUCCUGCGGUCGCGGGACAUGACCACCGGCAUUGUGGAGAACAAGUUCACCUUCAAGGAGCUGACCUUCAAAAUGGUGGAUGUGGGGGGUCAGAGGUCAGAGCGCAAAAAAUGGAUUCACUGUUUCGAGGGCGUCACAGCAAUAAUCUUCUGCGUGGAGCUCAGCGGCUACGACCUGAAGCUUUACGAGGAUAACCAGACGAGUCGAAUGGCUGAGAGCCUCCGUCUCUUCGACUCCAUCUGCAACAACAACUGGUUCAUCAGCACCUCCCUCAUCCUCUUCCUGAACAAGAAGGACUUGCUAGCGGAGAAGAUUCGGCGCAUCCCGCUCACGGUCUGCUUCCCUGAGUACAAGGGCCAGAACACCUAUGAGGAGGCAGCUGUCUACAUCCAGCGCCAGUUUGAGGACUUGAACCGCAACAAGGAGACCAAGGAGAUCUACUCCCACUUCACGUGCGCCACCGACACCAGUAACAUCCAGUUCGUCUUUGAUGCAGUCACAGACGUCAUCAUUCAGAACAAUCUCAAGUACAUUGGCCUCUGCUAGGGAUGAGCGGGGAUGGAUGGAUCUGUCUGCCUGUGGUGAAACCAAUGGAGAGGAGCCCCCCUCCACUUGUGCUGGAGAUCUACAAGGGGCAGCCCUCAAAGGCCGGAGGAGAAAAGGUGGGGGGUGAGGCGGGGAGCCUGAGCCAUGCUCACAGAUCCCCUCCAUUUCCUCAUCCCCCACAUUUUUUGCAAAAGUCCAUAUAUAUAAUCAGAUCUGUAGCGAGAGCUAGGUAGGUAGGUAGGUAGGUAGGUAGGUAGGUAGGUAGAUAGCUAGACUUAUACACAUAAACACAUUUGCAAAGUUCCCCAAAGAGGGCUUUCAGAGGGACGUGAAAUGCAUUCACCAUAGUCACUGUAAGCUCAAGCCAUCCCCUUCCUUUGGCUUUCUCCAGAGCCACUCCAUUCUGUGUAGGAAUGAGCCCUGGAAUGAAUGAAUGGCCCUUGAGCCAUCUCUCGACCACGGAGAAGAGGCAGAGUGGGGAGGACAGGCCCACUUUGCACUUGGUAUCCAGGAUGAAAGGUAAAGCGCUCCUCAAGGCCUGUGGGACAAGAUAAGGCAGGCCAGCAAGCGGAGGCACCCAGGUGAGAAGGGGCUUUGGGGGUCCACAAGGGCUGAUUGCGGAUGCUUCUGCUGGGCACAGGGCUUGCCCCAGCUGCCCCCACAACCUUUAGAAGCCAAGGGCACAUUCCAAAUCUGACUGUCACCCCACCUUGGAGCUGUUUACAAAAGCUUCCAAAGACAUGCAUCAAAUGAGCAGUCACUUCAUCCAAACUGGGCCGGAUGGGGGCCAGCAAUUCUUGUAGUAGUGAUGAGUUUUCUACAUCCAGGUGUGGGAUUUCUUCUUUGACUUUUUCAGGAGGGUGGGGGAGGGCAAAUCUUGUGUUUUACAGAUAAGGAAAAAAAUUAUAGAAAAUUGAAAAAAGCAAAUGAGUGUUCAUUUUAAAAUAUGGACUGUAAAAAGAAAUCGCACGAUAGUUUUUUGGCUUUUGUGUGUGUGUAUGUGUGUGUGUGUGUGUGUGUGCGUGUGUGUGCACGUGCGCACGCACGCAUGUGUAUUUUUCUAAAAGAAUUGUUUGUGUGUUUGGCUUGUUGGCUGUAAGAAAUGCCACUGGAUAGGUUUGGAUACUCGAAGGAAAUUCUGGGAAAUGUGCAACUGUUCCAGGCUCCUUGGGUUCCUGACAUUACAGGUGUAGAAUAUCAGCCCCUACAAAAAUCCAUUUGUUCCUGGUGAGGUUUUUGGUUCUAUUUUUCUUUUUUAAAACUUAGUGUAUUUGAUGAAGGUUAACAUGGGAGCUGUGAACAAUAACUAACUGUUUUGGUGUCUAAAAGAGUAAAUUCUCGGCUCUUCGGUUCAAUUAGGGAUGGAGGGGAAAGAGACAACUGCAUUCCUGGGCUCCCCGCUCUCACCUCAUCAUCACAGGCUGACACUCAGCAGCCACAAUUCCUGUGAAGGCCCAGAGAGUUUGGGUGCCUGAUGGAAGAUUAAAGGAAUACAUCAUGGGGACUCUAUCAAGAAACAUACCCUCCCAUCAUACAGUCCUUCCUUCUGCUGUAUUCCAACAACAAAAGCCUGUCUUCAGACUUCUCCAGGAAGAAAUCGGUGGUGCAAUUACACAUGUCCAGCCAUUGCCGAAGUGGCCAGCACCGAGCCUGGCCACACCCUGGGAAAUCAUCACUCUCCUUGUUUCUUCCCGUGUGGUCCAGGAUGGGUGUGAGGCUUCUCAGUCAAGGGCUUCAAGAAAAUGGGGGGGAGGGGAAAGAAAUCAAAGUCAGAGGUUGUCCACCUAAAGAAAAUAAAAUCAUCCAAAUGA